UCUCAUUCAAUAUAGUUGGCAUCAGUCUCGCGGUGGUCAGUCGGCCCGACCGCGCGAGAGCAAGUGACACAGUCUGAUUUACAAACCUGCCACAAUCUGCGCGGCUUAUCACUCGAUUUGUUCACGACUCGAUAAGCAGCUGCAGAGACAAAGAGAGACCCUUUCAAGCAACAUGGCUAGCGAAGAGGGCGAGUCUUUGGCCUCGUUUCUGCAAGACAAAGAUGCGCCGCAAAAGCAGUCGGUGGGUUUCAGCGAGCGUUUGGUGAGCAUCGCGACGGCCAUCAGCAUGGAGCCGAUUCUGAUGCUGAACAUGACCACCGUCGCACUUGUUCAGGUGAUUUCGCAAAGUUGGCUGCUGCGACUGGCGUGCGACGAGGUGAGCGAGGCGAACUGUCGCGAUUCAUCCGAUAACAGCACCGCCGUUCAGUGCAGGGUCGACUGCAGUCAGCACGAAAUCCAAGCCGACAUACAAAAGACGGUCGCCGAAGUGCAGGCGUGGAGGUCGGCAAUUGAGUUUUCAGUGGCGUUGCUGCUGGUGCCGUUUCUGGGCGCGUGGAGUGACGGCCGCAAAAACGGCCGCUUGCCCGUGAUGCUUUUCGCUUUGUCGGGCAGGACGGUGCAGCAGGUGGUGGCCCUCGGACUCCUCCUGCUGCCCUUGCCGCCUUCCCUGAUGGUGGUUGGCGUCAGCUUGGCAGUGCCGGUGGCCCUCACCGCGUCCAGCAUGGCCGUCGACAUGGCCGCCUACAGCUACAUCUCGGACACCACCGUUCAGAAGAUGCGGACAAUGCGUCUCGGUCUGGCCAACGCGUGUUGGUGCUUCGGCAGCGUCCUCGGCCUCCUCUUAUCUGGACUUCUGCUGCAAGCCGGAGGAGAAAUCCUUGUCUUUUCCACCGGACUUGCACUGCAAAUAGUUUGCUGCCUAAUCUGCAUUUGGCGGAUGCGAGGGCUGGGCAAAGCUGCUUCUGAAGCAACAAGUGAAGAAGAAGAAAUCAAGAAAAAAAUUGACUGUUGUCUGGUGGUGGAGUCGAUUGGGGUGGCGUUUGCGAAACGACCUGGAAAGGCCAGAGUCUUGAUUCUCCUCAUGCUUUUCAACUUGUUCCUGGCUUUCGGCGCCAGUUGUGGACGUCAGGCCAUAAUGUUCAUGUACAGCAGGUUGCGUUUCCAAUGGGACGAAGUUGAAUACGGACUCUACGGAACUUUCCUCAUGCUCAUGGAAGUUAUAGGGAGUGUGAUAGCGAUGGCAGUAUUCAGCCACAAGUUGCGAUUGCCGGACACCGUCGUCGGACUCAUGUCCUGCGUCAGCCAAGUCCUCUCCAGCACUUUUUACACGUUCGCCAAAUCAACCUUGGGAAUGUACAUAGCGCCGUUGGUGGAGGUGGCGAACGGACAAGUCGUUGUUAUUCCCAGAGCUAUUGUGACGAAACUCACUGAGUCACAUGAACAAGGGAAGGUACACGCCUUGUUCGGAUGCGUGGAAGCGGUGGUGCCUUUGGUAUUUGAGCCGUUGUACAACAGUUUGUACGCGGCCACGCUAGACACAGUGCCAGAAACUGUUUUCUGGUUGUCAGCGGCUCUCACGUUGCCCCCAACCUUACUCUUUGUGUGGCUUCAAUGGGGUCAUGGCAAAAACUGGAUCCCCUCUUCAAGAGAGCCAGUCAAGACUGACAAAAGCUCAGAUGCUGACCUGACUUUGUAAUAACUCCUGAGCAGAAUUAUAAGAGUCCAAUGCGUCAUGGAACAACCAAAGUUAUUUUUAAACCAUGGAUUAUAAUAAUUUCUGUGAUUAUGCCACUCCAGUAUUAAAAUAAUAAAAUUUGAAAAAAAAAAUCAAAUUGGGAUAAAAAAAACCGAAUUAAAAGUUCAGGUAUCCCAGUUCGGUUAUGUCG